AUGAGUAAUCUCUUUAGAGCACUGCAAAGACCACUAGCUACAUUUUUAAGUGCAUCGCAGCAAGUGACGAAAAGGUGUUACGCCGCGCCAUUAAAGCGCUUCUACAAACAAACAUCAGUACUCUACAAUGACGGGAAGUACGAGGUAACUCUGGAUAACCGGAAGUUAAAGACCCCGAAUGGUAAAUUAUUCACAGUUAAAAGCGAACCGCUAGCGAUAGCUGUAGCUACAGAAUUCGAUGCACAAAAGGAGCAUAUUGAACGUUCGAAAAUGCACUUGUCGGCGUUGUGCUUCACCGCUAUCGAUAAUCCUAAUAGACACACAAAAACGGAUAUGGUGAAUUAUUUGCUGAACUACAUCGCAACUGACACAGUACUAUUUCAAUAUGAUGAUGAAAAGGACUUACAUGACUUGCAGCGCAACGAAUGGGACCCCAUAAUAAAAUGGUUCAAUGAGCGCUAUGGCACAAACUUGGAAAAAACAAUGGUAAUAUCGCCGCCUUCCAUAAGUGCUGAUGAUAAAAUGAACGUAUCCAAAUAUUUGCUAUCGCAUAGUGAAGAUGUGCUCUUUGGUUUUAUAUUCGCUGUGGACACUUUGAAAUCUGUUGUGCUAGCGUUCGCUGCAAUUGAUCAGCGCAUAAGCGUUGACAAAGCUGUUUCUUUGGCACGUUUGGAGGAGGAAUAUCAAUUAAAGUUUUGGGGUCGCGUCGAAUGGGCGCAUGAUUUGAGCCAACAAGAGUUACAAGCUCGCUUGGCCGCCGCAGUGCUCUUUGUGCAUCUCAAUCGCUCAGAACAUUUUGUGAAGGAAAAGUCAAUAGUUUAAUGAAGUAUUAAGGGUUAUAGCGAAAAUAAAAGUACAUACAUAAGUUGUUAGCAAAAGUUGCUGAGUGUCCCUGAAAAAAAAAUUAAAAAAAAAAACGGACAACAUCAAUCAACUGAGCAAGGUUGGCGAGAACUAUUACCAGUAAAAAUAUAAUCCAUCAAUCAAUAGCAUAUAUUUAGUUGAUUAAGAUCAAGAAUUACAAACAAGUCAAACCAAAUGCAUUUGGUAAGUGGCCUUAGAAAUUAU